AUGGUGUCAAUGGAGGCACUGCGGGCCCGGCAGCCCAAAGAGUUGCUGCAGACUGACGUUUUUCGGACAGUCCCUCCGCAUGAUUUGACACCAACUGACCUGGCAGAUCUGGCUUCUGCUCAGGUCUUGACUGAUCCUGCCAAGGUUCUGGAUGUGUAUCAGCGGCACGUAUCUAGCGGUGGGGCGGACUCCGCUGUGCUGAUCCGUGCGUUUGCUCAGCUCGGCUUCCUUUUCGAUCCAAACUCCUUCUUCUCGACUGCAGACCGCCAGCUGCUGACCAAACACAAGCAGUUUCGAUCCUUGGCACACGAUUUGUGGAAAGUGCGGCAUGAGCUCCCUGACGCCGUGGCGCCUCUCCUGCUCUACUCCAUGGCCUGCAUGGACUACCGCUGCGUUCCGCUGCUACCCCAUCUUCUCGAUGCAGUAGAGCGAAGCCUCACCAACUUCCGUGUGGAGGCCUUAAGCUUACUGCUUCAUUCGAUUGCCUCGCUGGGCUUGGGCGGUGAACAGGUCAUAUUUGAUGAGGUGGAUGGAUCGAGAACCCGUGAUUAUGGACCGCUCUGCGCGAUGGUCAUACAAGAGCUGGGCCGUAGAGCUUUGUUGGAGGAAGAUGACCCGGAUUCGGGCGGAAGUGUCCAUGACUGGUCAAGGGCAGCUUUCGGUGUGGUGAUGUCUGGCUUGUAUGAUGUAAGCGAGACAGCCAACGACUAUCCAGUGCUGCCGCUCCUCAUUGUCCGUGCGUGCGAGCAGCUUCAGGACAAAUCGGAACUCGAGCAGUCUGGAUGGGCGCAGUUCUUUCUUUAUCAGACAUUGUACUGUGUCGAUGUUGAGAAGCCGACAUGUGAAGAAGCUGUUAAGCGGGCGAUGCCUAUGUGGAUUCAGGAGUUGCUUCACCACCGCUGGCUAGACAGCAUUGUUAUUCACGCCCAGCCACAGGGCGCCGAUCAGAUGCAGAGAGAUGUGGACAUGUGCCUGCAACGAACAAACACCCAAGCACUGCUCAACUGCUCCUUCGGGCGCGAGUGGGACGAGCAACACUGCUGGUUUGCAGGCUUCAUGAUGGAGCCCAAAGUGGCCUUGGAGUGUGACUCCAUGUUGCCACUUGGGCCAGGAAGACCCCGACCUUCGGGCUGGGUUGGGCUGAAGUCACGGAUUGCCCGAAAAAUAGGUCUGAGGGUGGUUACCCUCCAUGAAUGUUUCUGGGCCCAUCUCACCGAAGACCAGAAGGAUGAGCAGAUGUUACGCAUUCGUGCUCAGGUGGGCUACACGCACAACAAGGAGAUGGAGCAAAGAAGAAAGAAAAUCAGACAAAAGGCACACACAUAUAAGGGGAUUGAGAGCAAGCGCAGUGACUGGACCAGACAGCCUGCACCUCCCUCAGACGAGGCUGCCUUUACCUAG